AUGUCAGCUCCGAACUGGGGGGAAGAGCUCCAGGAUGAGCUGGUUUGUCCCAUCUGCCUGGAGUCCUUUAAAGACCCAGUGAUUCUAGACUGUGGGCACAAUUACUGCCAAGUCUGUAUCACCGACAGCUGGGGGGUGUCGGGCACAGGAGUGUGCCCCCAAUGCAGGAAACCUCUCCCCGAGGCGGAGCUGAGGCCUAACAAGCAGGUGGAGGCGGUGGUGGGCAUAGCGAGACGCCUAGAAGGAGAAUGCAAGAAACAUCAAGACGAUUUGAAGCUCUACUGCAAAGAGGACCGGACCCUCCUCUGCAGGGUUUGCAGAGAGUCUCGAGAACACAGAGCUCACACAGUCCUUCCCAUCGAGGCGGCUGCAGAGGAGUGUAAGGAGCAACUUCUGAGUCAUCGAGAUCGUGUUCAGCGUGUGAGAGAGGAGCGAGGGAGACGGGCAGCUGCUGAAGAAGGGAAAUGUCAAACUCUACUGAAACAGCUAGAACGCCAGGAGCAGGAGAGUUUGUCUGAAUUCAAGCAAGUGCACCAGGUUUUGAAGCAGGGAGAGCAACUCAUGCGUAACCGCCUGGAAGGCGCGAUACAGGACCUUGGGAAGACGAGGAAUAAAAAUACUAAGGGGCUAUUACUUCUCGAUAAUUGCAUAGCUGAGAUAAAUCAGAAGUGCCAGCAGCCGGGGAUUGAACUGCUCAAGGACAUUGACAGCACCUUAAGCAGGUGUGAGCAGGUGAAAGAUGAAGAGGAGGCACCUGUUGAUUCUUUGACUGAACUGGAGAGUAGCGUGUGGGCUCUCUCUGAAAGCCAGAAAGUUCUGCGUGGUCUGCUGAAGAAUUUCAGAGUCAAAUUGGGUCCUCUUGAAAACAUCUCGUCUGAGGUUCAGAGACAAGUGAGUGGUGAAGACCCAACGGAGGAUGUGCCUGACAACCCUGAACAAGAGGACACUUCUGUUUGCCUGCUGGACUAUGAGGAUGGCGAACUCAACUCAGAUAGCUGUCAGAAGCAAGAAGUUGUCCCUCCUGACAGACAGAAUAAUUUAACUGACUUCAGAAACGUUGAGCCAGAGGGAGACAUAGGUCACUGGUUUGACUCCAAGGUGAGGAGACGUGGUGCAUGGAAGAUCGUAGCUGCUGCCGUAGCUGCAGUUCUACUUGCAGUUCUCUUUAUCGCGGUGAUUGUCGGGUCAGUACCAAAGGCCAGAGUGACUCCUCCGGACAGCCCUGCCGCCUGCUGCCCUGAACACUGGAUUGGGUACCAUGGAAAAUGUUACCUUUUUUCGGAGGAUGAAGCAGACUGGACCUCGAGCCAACAUUCCUGCUCUUCCCACGGUGCCUCCUUGGCUUGGCUUGACACCCUGAAAGAAAAGGAUUUCUUGAUGCGACACAAGGGCUACCUUGAUCCCUGGAUUGGCCUCAGGAGGGAACCGGGCCAGCCCUGGAAGUGGCCCAAUGGCUCAGUAUUCAACGACCCGGUUCAAACAGGAGGAGGAGGAGAAUGCGCCUAUAUGUACAAAAACACCAUCAGCAGUUCAAAGUGCUACACACAGAGGAACUGGAUCUGUAGCAAACCUGAUGAAUUUGCAAAGAGAGAGAUUACUUAA